UCUUUUUUUCCUUUUUUGUAUAAAUUUUAAAGUGGGGCCGCUUCACAAUUUCUGUACAGCUAUUCUUGAUUAUUGCUUUUGUCCCCACCUCACUUAUGCAGCUCAUUCAUGGCUGCCCCCAACCCCUCCUCUGCUUUAACCAGACGCAUCUCUUUUAUUUUCCCAGUUUAUUUCCCUCCCAAUUCUUUUCUUUUUCUUGUUCUCUCUCUAUUUUGAGUUCAAAGUUUCAAUCUUUAUCAUAAAAGAACCAGUGCCCUUUUUUCCUUCGCGUACAUUGUUUGUCUAUUUCAUUGAAAUUGGGGCUGGCGACAAAACCGUAAAAUUAGGAAUGAGGGGGCUGGCUCGAAGUUCUCAUCUGUUUGCUGUGAUUCUUCUUCUCUGUAUGCAUGUGUCUUCCCAAUCCGUGCCGGGUUAUUACAAAAAUUCUAUGUUCGCAGUUAGAAAAGCAGAUGAACUUCUACCUUACACGUCCCCAACUGCAGCACCUCAGCCCUUUCUUCCUCUUCUUGCACCAUCUCCAUUGACGCCAUUCACAAACAGCACAGUGCCUCGAUUAUCCGGACACUGCCCACUGAACUUCACAGCCCUCUCGAACAUGAUGACUGUCACGUCCACCAAUUGCAUGGCCGCAUUUGCCCCUCUCCUCGCCAACGUGGUCUGCUGCCCCCAGGUAGACGCCACCCUGGCAAUCCUCAUGGGCCAGUCGAGCAAGAAAACGGGCUCCCUCGCCCUCAACGGGUCAACCGCGGCCCACUGCCUCUCGGACUUCGAACGGGCCCUCGCGGGCCAGGGAGCCAACGAGGACCUGUCUCGAAUAUGUUCUGUUCGGGCCUCGAAUCUCACCCAAGGCUCGUGCCCUGUCGCUGACGUGGCCGAGUUUGAGGGCACUGUGGACUCAUCGAGCCUCCUGGCUGCUUGCGGAAAGAUUGACAGCGUGAAUGAGUGCUGUGAGCAGGUCUGCCAGAAUGCGGUUCUGGAUGCUUCUAGAAAGCUGGCCCAGAAAGCGUAUACUUUGCUGAAAGUGGAUGGUGGGUCCCAUGCACUGGCUGACCUGUCGACUCGGGUUAGCGACUGUAAGAGCAUCGUGCUCCGGUGGCUCGGGAGCAAGCUUGAGGUUAAUGGGGCGAAGGAGGUUCUUCGGGGACUGUCUAAUUGCAGAAUUAAUAAAGUUUGUCCUCUGAAUUUUCCGAGCAUAAGGCAUGUCAUAGAAGGGUGUGAUCCUGGGAGAAACAACCAAUCAGCAUGUUGCAGUUCAGUCGAUAGCUAUGUUACUCACCUGCAAAGGCAGAGCUUUGUCACGAACUUGCAGGCCUUGAAUUGUGCUGCAUCGCUCGGAGUGAAACUGCGGAGAGCAAAUAUUACCGAAAAUGUCUACACUCAGUGUCGUAUUAGCCUCAAGGACUUCUCCCUCCAAGGUCAGUAUGGUCUUUUCGCAUUUUACGAGUAUUUUCAAGAAUCAGGAUGCCUUCUUCCGAGCUUGCCAUCAGAUGUCGUGUUCGACAAAUCUGCAGGGGUGAGCUUCCUCUGUGAUUUGAACGAUAAUAUCCCAGCUCCUUGGCCUGCAACCACUCAGUUGCCAUCUUCAUCAUGCAACAAAUCCGUCAAGAUUCCUGCCCUUCCAGCAGCAGCUUCUGGGCAAAGCUAUUGCUGCAGUUAUUGA